AUGAGUAAAGCUACUAAAAGUUGGAAAGAUAAGUCUGCAAUAAUUCAGGUAAAUGAAAAAGACCUCCCGUCCUCGACUCCGCCACAAACAGGCCUUACCUUUAAUGUUUGGUACAAUAAAUGGUCACAAGGUAAUACAGGUAACCGAAGGUUUGUGAACAAGUAUCGUCUAGAACCUUCAAGCCAUUCUGGGAUCACCUUAGGUGAUAAGAGUAGUAAUGUAUUUUUUUGUCUUUAUUUUGCAAAAGGAAUGUGUUCUUUGGGGAAAAAAUGCCAAUAUAAACAUCAUAUUCCAGAAGACUCUGAUUCUAUAGCAUUGCUAAUGAAGUCUGAUAUAUUGGAUUGUUUUGGAAGAGAGAAAUUUGCCGAUUAUCGAGAUGACAUGAGUGGUAUUGGAUCAUUCAGAAAAAAAAAUAGAACCCUCUAUAUUGGUGGAAUAACUGGUGCAAUAAAUAACAAGGAGUUAAAACCGUCUCAAAUUGAAAGCCGUCUAAGAUAUAUGUUUUCUAGGUUGGGACUUUUAGAUAGAUUAAGGUAUCUAGAGAAUAAAAAUUGUGCAUUCAUAAAAUUUAAAAACCAAUGCAAUGCAGAGUUUGCCAAGGAAGUAAUGUCCAAUCAAACAUUACUGAUUCCGUCCGAUAAAGAAUGGGAUGAAAGAAAUGAAGGUACAGGCUUAUUAGUUAAAUGGGCUAAUGAUGAUCCUGACACUGCGGCUCAAAAGAGAGAGCGCGAAGAGCAAGCAAAGACGGCACUAAAUGCAAUGAUUAACGUAAUAAAUAAAGAGCAGGAUAAUGAUACUGUUUUGAAAAAGAGAAGACUAGAACUCCAAGAUUCAAAGUCCUCCUUUGGACCUAUAUUUGAUGAUAUUGUGCUAGAAAAAGUAAGGGCUAAGUUUAGGAGGUCUUCAGAGUUUAAGUCUUAA